AAUUUAUUAUUAUUCAAGACAUGAAAAAAGAAAUUUGUUUAAGAUAGAAUGCCAAAUCCAACGUCUGGUAAUUCAGGCAAGAGUUUUUCUCCUGGAACUGAAUGUAUUGCACGUUAUGACUUCAAAGGAAUUUCGGAAAAGGAUUUACCAUUUAAAAAAGGAGACAUCAUUGAAAUUCUUCAAAGUACUCGAGAUCCUAACUGGUAUAACGCAAAAAAAGUCUCUGAUGGAAGAACUGGUACGAUUCCCAUAAAUUAUGUCCAACAAAGAAGAGCUCUUCAUUUGCAUGAAAUGCCUUGGUUUUUUGGCAAAAUUACAAGAGAAAAAGCUGAAGAAUUACUUACACCACGAGAAGUUGGAUUAUUUCUUGUCAGAGAAAGUACUAAUUUUCCGGGUGAUUAUACACUCUGUGUUGUUAGUCCACAAAAUAAUAAAAAGGUUGAGCAUUAUCGCGUCAUCUCAACAAAUGAUAAUCGAGUUACAGUAGACGAAGAUGCCUUUUUUCCUAAUCUAAUUGAAUUGAUAAAGCAUUAUGAAAGAGAUGCAGAUGGACUUUGCACUAUGCUAAAGAAACCACUUAAAAAGAAAACAGAAAUGGUUCUACAAUCAGCCAUUUUCAAAGAAUCUUUUCAAAAAGAGGGUUGGGCAGUGCCGAUUGAGGAUGUAGAAUUUAAAGAGUUGAUUGGUAAAGGUGAGUUUGGUGAUGUGUAUAAAGGUGUAUGGGCAAAAAAAACUGUAGCAAUCAAAAAACUUCGUGACGACUCUAAAACUGCUCAAUCGCUGCUUGCUGAAGCAUCAGUAAUGACAACUCUUCAACAUAAAAACUUGGUUGUUUUGGUGGCCAUAAGUUUUCAAGGAGAUUCUAUCCUGAUUUUAACUGAGUAUUGUGAAAAGGGUGUUUUAGUGGAGUAUUUGAGAACAAGAGGCAGAGCUGUGAUUACAUUAGAAGAGCAAAAAGGUUUUGCAAUUGAUGUUUGUAAUGGUAUGCGCUAUCUAGAAGAGAAAAAUAUCAUUCACAGGGAUCUAGCAGCUCGAAAUGUUUUACUAUCUGAUGAACUUUGUGCAAAGGUGUCAGAUUUUGGUCUUGCAAAAGAUGUUGAGCAAGAACUUGCAUCUGGAAAGUUUCCUGUAAAGUGGACUGCUCCUGAAGCAAUUGAGCAAAAGAUUUUUUCAACAAAGUCUGAUGUCUGGAGUUUUGGCAUACUGUUAUGGGAAAUUUUUUCAUUCGGGCGAAAUCCAUACCCACGUGUGCCACUAGACGAAUUAUUAACCAAAAUAAAAUCAAAUUAUCGGAUGGAAUGCCCAGAGAAAUGUCCACCAUUUGUUUAUCAGUUGAUGCUAAAGUGUUGGGAUGCAGAUCCUAGUAGAAGACCAUCGUUCAAGCAAUUGCACAAUGAACUCUUUAAUCCCGACAGAGAAACUAAAUUAUGAAUAGAAAUUUUCAGUUAUAUGUUUUUUUUAUCUCAAUUUUUGAGAGAUAUCAAUCUAGGUCAUUUUUAGAAUUUAUGGUUAUGCGUCAUUUGUAAAUCAUCAUUUUAGAGGGAUUUAUGACAUAAUUAGUCUCUGAAUCUUAAAUACGUUUCUUUUUGUUUUUAAAAUUAUUUUUUUUUUUUUUUGUCACCGAUUAAUUAAUUUAUAUACCUGAAUUUUAUUUCCGAUCUUCUAAUGCGCGCCCAUCCCCCUAAUUUGAAAAAUUGUUUUUCAAACAUUCAUGUGAUUGAUUACAACCUAAAAACAGUUUAUAUAUAUAUAUAUAUAUAUUUUUGUAGGUAACUAUAGUAACUGGUUUAUUUUUAAUAGUUUAAAUGGAAAUUUGUAAUAUCAA